CCCGAUCUCCCCAAGGUUUCUACAAAACGAACCUGUGCCUCGCGCCCAGCUCCCUCCUUCCCUCCUUCCCUCACCCUACCGCACCCCGCGCUGUUCCCCCCUCGCUGCGCCAUGCUCGCCUGUGCUUUCCCCCUCUCCCACAUGCGCUUGGCUAGCAAACAGCUCGGGCAGCGCGGCUAUGCAGCGUCGGCAGUCCUGAGGGGCGCCCCUUCGUUCGGGCUCAGGCCGGUACACCGCGCGCAGACAGAAGAGGAGGGGGGUAACCGUCUUCUGCGCAUGGUCAUGUUUGGGAAGCCCGGUGCGGGGAAGGGGACGCUGUCCGGUCGGCUCACGAAGAAGUACGACAUUGUGUCGAUCUCGUCGGGGGAUGUGUUGCGGCAGCACAUAGCUGAACGCACGGAUAUCGGGCGUCAAGCGGACGCGAUCGUCGCUCAGGGCGGCCUUCUCCCCGAUGAUCUCAUGCUCAAGGUGGUCACAAGCAAGCUCGAGGAGCUGAAGGGAAAGCACUGGAUACUGGACGGCUUUCCGCGCACUCUCGGGCAGGGAGAACUGCUGGACGCACACCUCAAGAAGCAGGGCAUGCCCCUCAGCCUCGUCGUGAACCUCGACGUUCCCGACGAUGUCAUCCUCAGCCGCAUCUCGGACCGAUGGGUGCACCUCCCCUCGGGCCGCGUCUACAACUUGUCCUACAACCCCCCUAAAAUCGACGGCCUCGACGACGAGACGGGAGAGCCGCUGACGAAGCGCCCCGACGACAACCCCGAGACCUUCGCGCGCCGCCUGCAGCAGUUCUACGCGUCCACCUCGCCCCUGCUCGACUACUACUCCGCGCAGGCGGAGGCCGGCAACGUCCACCACGCCGCGGACGCCUCCGUGCAUCUCCACCCGCACCAGCUCCGGCUGCCGACGCGCGCACACAAGCUGCAGAUGGUCACCCUCCACGGGAAGACGUCCGACGAGAUCUGGCCGCAGCUGGAGGGCGUCGUGCAGAGCGGGUUUCCGGCGCUGCGCGAGCGGGGCGCGCCGCGGGUGGGCCGGCUGUACGACAUGAUCUCGGCGGUGCAGUCCUUUGAGGAGGAUCGCAAGCGCAAGGCGCAGAUGGUGCUGCAGCCCGAGUUGUCGCACUGAACAUCUUACUGCGACAUCCGCCACUAUACGCCGCCGUAUCCCUCGCCCCACUGCGCUCAACUCGCAGUCCAGCAAUGACACGCUGUCGACCCCGCCGAGUCACGCUACUCUCGUCGCGCCAGGAGACUACCUCCUGUUCAGCCCACCCCAUGGUUGCGCCGCGCUCGAGUCAGCCCUGUACAAAAUGUUAUCGUGCUCGCAUGUUGUGUCGUCUGCUCUUCGUCGCUCAGCCUAUCCUAGAUUCCCCACUGCCCAUGGCAGGUGCCGUCCCCUGCAUGGGUGCACGCUUGACUACCCUUCAUCUACUAUCUCUGGCCUUCGCGAUGUAUCUAUCUUCCUUCGUUUAUAUCCCUGUAUUUUUACACGGAGGUGUACUUACCGCUGAUCAAUGACCAUGAACAUGUUACUCCCUGCUCCUAGGC